AUGACGGACCCAACAACCUGCGUUAGUCCUUUGGGGACUAUACCUCUCGCAGGUCUCUUGAAAGGUGACGGAGCAAGCGAUGUCCACUGGAAGCCGGAUUUCGUGAAUCACGCGGUUGUGCUAACCGUUCCACCAAAGAAUCUCCCACCUGUUGACAAGAAAUUCAUUGUCGGGUGCACUGAGGUGGCUCAGGGCUACUGUCUUCUUCAUAUUACGCUCUCUGCGGGGACUUCUUCUACGGACAAUCAAAGUGUUUCUUGUGCUUAUGGUAGUGCUAGUAAUGAGCAAGUUCAGAAGGUGACAAUAACACCAAAAAACCCAACGUUUACUCUUAAUUGUAGCACAGAUGGAACUAUGCAACCAACAAGCUUCACUACAAACUACUGUGCGGAUGCCGAUACGGUACAGGACGACUGUACUCAGAAGUACGCAAGCUUGUUAGACGGUUACAGUAAGACGUGGUGGCAUGUUUCCCAAACACAAACAAGUAAUCAGGCGACGCUGACAAUCCCGGCGGAUAAGUUCCCUGAAGCCGAGACGAAAUUGGGGCUUGGUUGCAAGGCUACCACGCCACUCUCAAAUUCGACUACCUGUAAAGUGGAGCUCACAAUCACGCGGAAUAAUUCAAGUUCAGUGUGGCGUCUUUCCCUGAGUGUGACGGCUUUUUUGGCUUUGACUGGGGCUCUUCCCUUCUUAAUGUAA